AUGCCGACGCUUCAUCAGUACGACUAUAUCUUCGCCAUUGCUGUCCUCGCCGCGGCAUUGGACGCAUACAACAUCGGUGCCAACGAUGUGGCAAACUCUUUCGCGACGUCCGUGUCGUCGCGCUCUCUUACGAUGAAGCAGGCGUGUGUUCUCGCUGCUUUGUGCGAGUUCCUCGGCGCCAUCCUCGUCGGUGCAAAGGUCUCUGGCACCAUUAAGAACGGUAUUAUUUCGCUUUCUACUUUCAACGGCAACGCCGGUGUCCAAAUGCUUGGCUUCACCUGUGCUCUCGUUGCUUCCGCCACUUGGCUCAUGAUCGCCACCAGGAACUCGUGGCCUGUUUCUACUACCUACUCGAUCGUCUCGGCGCUUGCCGGUGUCGGUGUUGCCCUCGGCGGUCCCGAGGUCGUCCAGUGGGGUUGGAACGGCGGCAAGGGUCUCGGCACAAUCUUCGCCGGCUUCGGUAUCGCUCCCUCCAUUGCCGCUGGCUUUGGCGCGAUUGUCUACUUGGUCACCAAGUACGCCGUCCUCGUCCGCAAGAACCCCAUUCGUAACGCUCUCUACAUCUCGCCCAUCUACUUCUUCACCGUUACUGCGGUACUUACCAUGUCGAUUGUUUACAAGGGCUCGCCUGCUCUCAAGCUCGACAAGCUCCCCCAGGUGACUGUCGCGCUCGCCAUUGUCAUCACUGCUCUCGUUGUUUCCAUUCUCUCCGUCCUUUUCUGGCUCCCCUACGUCUACUGUAAGGUCGUCCGCAAGGACUACACCCUCCGCUUCUGGCACUUUUUCUACGGCCCCUUCCUCUGGCGCCGCCAGGCUCCUGCCGACGCCUCCGAGAUCGUUGCCGGCCACGUUCCCGACUACCGUGUCCGGGACCGUGACUGCGCCCAGGGUGCCGAGCCAACCGCCAGCGUCCCCAACCACGAGCUCACUCCUCAGGGCUCGACUGAGCGCGAGAAGGAUGUCGAGUUCGACGCCGUUCCCCAGGAGCCCCAGCCCGGCGCCCCUGCCGCUCUCGCCGAGGUCGAGGACGAGUACACCACCCCCCAGAUCGAGGGCCCCUGGAUUCUUCCCCGAAACCUCUGGAUCAUCUUCCGCUACAAGAUCCUCGGCGCGCUCACAAAGGGUGUCAACUACGACGUGCACGCCGCUCAGGCAGGCAAGGGUGGCAAGGAGGCUGAGCGCAUUGCCCACAUGCACCAGCAGGUCGACCAGUACGGCAACGAGGCUGAGCACCUCUACUCGUUCCUCCAGGUUCUUACUGCUUGCACCAACUCGUUCGCUCACGGCGCCAACGACGUCGCCAACGCCAUCGGCCCCUUCUCUGCCAUCUAUUACGUCUGGUCUAACGGCGUCGUUACCCCCAAGGACACGCCUACCCCCACAUGGGUUCUUGCUUUCGGUGGCGCCAUGAUCGUCAUCGGUCUCGCUACCUACGGCUACAACAUGAUGUCGGCGCUCGGUAACCGUCUUACUCUUAUGUCUCCCUCGCGUGGCUUCUCGAUGGAGCUCGGCGCAUCCAUUACCGUCCUCCUCGCUUCGCAGUAUGGUAUCCCCGUCUCCACCACCAUGUGCAUUACCGGUGCCACUGCUGGUGUCGGCCUGGUGUCGGGUGGGCCCAAGGCUAUCAACUGGCGCGCGUUCGGCUGGAUCUUCCUUGGUUGGGUCCUCACCGUGCCUGUGGCCGGUACCGCUGCAGGAUGCCUUACGGGUCUGUUCAUCAACUCGCCCCACUGGUAG